AUGGAUGUUAAAAGUGCGUUUUUAAAUGGUUUUAUAAAAGAAGAAGUAUAUGUCAGUCAACCUCCUGGCUUUGAAGAUUUUAAAUUUCCUGAUCAUGUUUACAAGUUGAAAAAGGCCCUUUAUGGUCUUAAACAGGCACCUAGGUCUUGGUAUGAAAGACUUAGUACCUUUUUGAUUGAAAAUGAAUUUUCUAGAGGAAAGGUUGAUUCAACCUUAUUCAUUAAGAAAGUAGGAAAACACAUUUUAAUUGUGCAAGUUUAUGUAGAUGAUAUUAUUUUUGGUUCAACUGAUGACUCCUUGUAUGAAGAGUUUUCAAAAAUAAUGCAAGGNGAAUUUGAGAUGUCUAUGAUGGGUGAGUUAAAUUUUUUCUUAGGACUACAGCUAAAACAAAUGAAUGGUGGAACAUUCAUAUCCCAAACUAAAUACUGUAGAGAAAUUCUUAGGAAAUUUGGAAUGGAUAGCUGCAAGGAAGCUAGUAUACCCAUGGGUACUUCAUGUUAUUUAGAUAAGGAUGAAACUGGAAAAGGAGUGAAUGAAACCAUGUUUAGAGGCAUGAUAGGAUCUUUGUUAUACUUAAUUGCUAGUAGACCAGAUAUUAUGCAGAAUGUUUGUGUGUGUGCUAGAUACCAAGCCAAUCCUAAAGAAUCACAUUUGACUGCAGUUAAGAGAAUUCUAAAAUAUCUUAAGGGAACUACUUCAUUUGGACUUUGGUAUCCCUCUGAUGCUUCACCUAGUUUAAUAGGAUACUCUGAUGCAGAUUAUGGUGGUUGUAAAAUUGAUAGAAAAAGUACUAGUGGAACCUGUCAUUUCUUGGGAUGUUCUUUAGUGUCAUGGCACUCAAAGAAACAAGCAUGUGUAGCUUUGUCUACCACUGAAGCUAAAUAUAUUGCAGCUGGAAACUGCUGUGCCCAAAUUUUGUGGAUGAAACAACAACUGGAAGACUUUGAUAUCUUCCUUGACAAUAUUCCUUUAAAAUGUGAUAAUACUAGUGCGAUAAAUUUGACCAAGAACCCCAUAAUGCAUUCAAGAACUAAGCAUAUAGAA